AUUUCUAGGCAUAAUUCAGCUAGAAGGUUUAAGUACAGUAUCAAAAAUCGCUGUAAAAGCAACAAAAUUGAUACUGUAUAUGAAAAAGGUAAAUACGUAACUGACAUUAUAGAAAUUAUGAUUGGGAUUAUUAGAGCGUCAUUGUCCCGUCCAAUCUGUAUUCAAAAUCAACAAUAUUUUGCAAACAAACUUUGGAAAAGCAAUUUAAAGUUAUCAUGGAAAAAUUUAGAAAAUACGAACAGAAAAUGGGAUUUAAUGUUUUCUUGCAAGUUCCAUAGCAGGCCAAGCGCUUUAAAACAGGUUUUAAUUUGUAAACCUUACUAUAAAACUGGGAAUGUUUUAAGAUUCUUUUACAGCACAGUUCGAUUUGAGACUAAAAGCUCUAAAUUUAUGGUAAAAAUCAACAGAAAUCAAUUCAGAACAAUUUUUACAUCAUCAAGAUUUUUACAGCGGGAUCAACAGAACAAUAUUUCAUUCUUUAACAACGAUACAGCUCUCUACAUAUCUGCCAUUCUUAUUUUCAUGAUAGGAAUCGCAUACGCAGCAGUGCCGUUGUACCGCUUAUUCUGCCAAGCUACAGGCAUUGGCGGCGACCCGAGGUUAGCCAAUAAAUUUGAUCUUGUGAAAACCAUGAACCCGAUAAGGGAGCGAAAAAUUAACGUAUUUUUCAAUGCUGACCAUCACGCUGCUAUGAGAUGGAAUUUCAAGCCCACUCAGAAGGAAAUAACCGUGGUACCAGGUGAAACAGCACUUGCCUUUUACACCGCGAAGAACCCAACAGAUGAGCCUAUAGUUGGCGUAGCCACUUAUAAUGUUCUCCCAUUUCAAGCUGGCCUUUAUUUCAAUAAAAUCCAAUGCUUCUGUUUUGAGGAGCAAUGGCUAAACCCACAUGAAGAAGUGGACAUGCCUGUCUUCUUCUAUAUCGACCCAGAUUAUGACGACGACCCGGUUUUAGCUGAUGUUGAUGACAUUGUACUGAGUUAUACGUUUUUUAAAGCUGAAAAAGGAAAGCCUCUUCCAUUACCUGGGUUUAUGAGAAGCAAAUCAAUACCAGACAGUAACAAGCAACCUGUUGUAGCUUGAACUAUCUUUAUUGUUCAUAACUAAAGUAUAGCAGUGUAAAAUGCAAAUUUAUAUUGGCCACAACUCCAAUUAGUGUCACUACUUUUGCAUUUCAAUUUUUUGCCUUUUUUCUGAGAAAUAAUUUAUUUGGGGAAAAGACCCAUUUUCGUUGGAUGUCUGCUACUAGUAGACCUGUAUUAUUGCUUAGCCUUAUUUUACUCUACUGUCAGUUAUUCUGGACGCUUUUUUUUAACAUUCAAACUAGUGGUUUUGAACUUCUAGGCAAAAAACUCACUAUUAUAUGAUUGAUAGGCUAUGUCAUUUUCUAAACAAAAUUACCUGUCAAAAAAAUACCAAAUUUUGACUCCACCUUUCCCUAUUUAAGA